AUGAAAAGCCCCGGUUCUAACUCUAUGCUAGAAGAUGAAAAGAGCCUGAAGGAGGAGCUUUUGAUACUAAUUCUAAUGGGUGAGCAAGUGAUGAAAAUGGCACAUGAAGCAAAAUCAUCGAAAGUGGAAUGUCACGAACUAGCAACGAAGGUGGAGAUACUCUGCAAAAGUCUCCGAUGCGUCGUGCGAGCGGUGGAAGCGAAUCACAAAUCGUUGAACGAUAAACCAAUUCGUCGCAUGGUCAGAGAAGUUACAAAGAAUCUUGAAAAAACAUUCGCACUUUUGCGGAGGUGCAAAAAGCAAGGAGGUGUUGGUGUGCUGAAGCACAUGUUAACAAUGAGGAGUAAUGGCGAUUUUCUGAAAGUUUGGAACCUUCUAGAAUCUUGUAACGGUGAUAUGAUGUGGUUGUUGAACAUUUUUGAGUCUAAAGGGACUGAUCUUUCAAUCCCUCCUAUUGCCUGUAAUGAUCCAAUUUUGGCCUGGGUGUGGACUUACGUUUAUGCCCUUCAGCUCAGUAAUCCUAUCGACCGUGCUGAAGCUGCGACAGGGUUGGGUUCUAUUGCUAGAAUAAACGACUGGAAUAAGUUCAUUAUCAUGGAGGAAGGUGGUGUUUUGCCUCUCCUCAAGGUUCUUAAGGAUUCUUCUUUCCCUGAUUGUCAAAUUGCAGCUUCCAAUGCUCUUGUUGACAUUGUCUCUGAUGAUGAUCAAGGAAGGAUCGUUCGAUUCCUAAUCAGCAGCCACGCCAUUCCAGUUAUUGUUCAGGCUCUAUCGGAUGGAGUAUUCAGAGUUCGUGUUUCCGUUGCUAAUUUGGUCUCCGCUAUGGCUGAUCAAGACCUUCUUGCACGUGAGGAAUUCAUAGUGGCUAAUGUGACUAAACCCCUGGUGUCGUUAUUGUCUAUUGAUACUGUUAUGGUUGAACCUGUUGAUGCCCGAAAUGGCAUUCAUUCGCUGGUUCUCAAUAUGUCGGAUGUUGGAUAUGAUGGAAGUGGUUGCAGAAGAAGAGAAGCUAAUCAGAGCUCUGAGUUGAGGAAUGAUGUUAAAGUCAGUUGUGCGAAAGCUCUUUGGAAACUCUCCAAAGGGUGUCUUUUAGCAUGCAGAAAGAUUACUGAGACUAAAGGUUUGCUUUGUUUAGCUAAGAUUAUUGAGUCUGCAAGCGACGAAUUGAAGCUCAAUUGUCUCAUGGCUGUUAUGGAAAUUGCAGCCGUGGCGGAGUCCAAUGCUGCUCUUAGAAGAAGUGCUUUUAGGUCCACUGCACCCGCGGCAAAGGCAGUUUUGGAUCAGCUUGUGAAGGUGGUUCGGGAAGAGAGUGAUUCUAAAUUUCUGAUUCCAGCUAUUAAGUCAAUUGGGUCCUUAGCCAGAAACUUCCCAGGAAAGGUUCCUCAUGUUCUCGGUCCCAUAGUUUCACACCUUCGAAAUAGGGAUUUAAAUGUGGCAAAAGAAGUAGUCAUUUCCAUGGAAAAGUUUGUAUGUGACGACAACUACAACCGCUUCGACCAUUCUAAGGUAAUCCUUGAGCUUGAUGGAAUUCCCAAGCUAAUGAGGCUGAUGCAGGUAAAUGAUCAUGAGCAAGUGUAUGGCCUAAAAUUGCUUUGUUAUCUUGCCUUAAAUGUUGGCAAUAGUAAGGUUCUUGAGCAGGAACAUGUAUUGAUUAGCUUGGAGAAAUUUGCUCAUUCUGUUUUACCUCAAAAUCCUGACUUGAAAGAAUUGUUUGGGAAGGCUAUCGAUCACCUCACUCUUUUUCAGCCAGGAGUUCAUUAUUACAGGCAACCCUUGGGAUUGUUACGAUAA